CGGUGAGACGCGGAAAAGAAAGAUGGCGGCGCCGAGCCUCCCCACGCCGUUGUACGGACACGUGGGUCGCGGAGCCUUCAGCGACGUGUACGAGCCCGCGGAGGACACGUUCCUGCUCCUGGACGCGCUGGAGGCGGCAGCGGCGGAGCUAGCAGGAGUGGAAAUAUGCCUUGAAGUAGGAGCAGGGUCUGGUGUGGUGUCUGCAUUCCUCGCCUCCAUGAUAGGUCCUCAGGCCUUGUACAUGUGCACUGAUAUCAACCCUGAGGCAGCCGCAUGUACGUUGGAGACAGCACGCUGUAACAGAGUCCACAUUCAGCCAGUAAUUACAGAUUUGGUCCAAGGCUUGCUGCCCAGAUUAAAGGGGAGAGUGGAUCUGCUGGUGUUCAACCCCCCCUAUGUAGUGACUCCGCCCGAAGAGGUAGGAAGUCAUGGAAUAGAAGCAGCUUGGGCCGGCGGCAGGAAUGGCCGGGAAGUCAUGGACAAGCUCUUCCCGCUGGCUUCAGAACUCCUCUCCCCAAGAGGGCUGUUCUUCUUAGUGACCAUCAAAGAAAACCAUCCAGAAGAAAUUUUUAAAAUACUGAAGACAAAAGGUCUGCAAGGGACGACAGCACUUCGCAGGCAAGCAGGCCAAGAAAUCCUGUCAGUCCUCAGGUUCAGCAAGUCUUGAAAGCCACUGAAGUAAUAAGCAAGAGCUGCUGGAAGCUGGACACAACUCAGUAGGCUUGAGAGUGAUGCCAUUCCCUGCCCAAAAAAUUUAUCAGAUAUUUUCAUAAGGAAAAAGUGGGACUGGGUAGUAGUGGCACACACCUUUAAUCACAGCAUUCAGGAGGCAGAGACAGGAGAUCUCCGUGAGUUCAAGGUCAGCCUGGUCUACAGUCUAGUUUCAGGACAACCAGGGCUACGUAAAGAAACCCUGUCUUGAAAAAUUAAACAGAAAAAAAAAAAAAAAAAAGAAGAAAAGAAAAGAAAAGAAAAAAAGAGAAAAAAAAGGCGGGACUGGAUAGACAUCUUAAGAGGUUAAGAUACGGGCUGCUAAUACAAAGGAUGGGGGCUCAGUUUUCAGUACACACAGGGUAGUUCACAGCACCCAUAACUCCAGUUUCAAGGGAUCCUGCCUUUUUCUGACCUCUAAGAGUACCAGGCACACCCAUGGUAUACAUACAAAAUGUAGCAAAAUACCCAUAGGUAAAAACAAAAUAACUAAACCAAAAAAAAAGAAGGAUGCAAAGCUGGGGCAUUUUGUUUUCAGAGAAUCAAGCAUAUGAGUAUUUCUGUACAUAUGCAGGUAAAUGUACAGUAUUUAUAACUUAUUUUAUAUAUUUACAUAUGAAAAUAUUUGAUUUAGCAUUAGCUAUAAUAGCAAAGCAGGAUGAUUGCCCUAAAUGUCCAUCAGAAAGGACACCGGUUAAAGUAAAUCUCAGUUUAUCCAUACCACUGAACAUAUAGCCAUGAAACAUGGCCCUGAACCAGAGGAUCCAUGGCAACUAGCUACAACUGAGUACAGAAAAGCUGCAGAUGAAUUUUAUUCCAUACAUGCUACUUUAAAAAGCCACCCAAAGUAUUGAUGUGUGUACAUAGCAGAGUUCUGGGAAAUAAACUGCAGGAAUAAAAGAACUUGACUCCUUUGUGGUGGCAUUUGUUUUACACAAAUGGUAAUAUUAAAGAAUGACAGUGGAUUAUCAUAAUCAACCUGAUAAAGAAUCUUAAAUGCA